AUGGAUAUUCAGUGGAAUAAGUCACCUCCACCUACGAAUAUUCAGAGGAACAAGUCACCUCCUCCUACGUAUAUUCAGUGGAACAAGUCACCUCCACCUACGAAUAUUCAGUGGAAUAAGUCACCUCCACCUACGAAUAUUCAGUGGAACAAGUCACCUCCACCUACGAAUAUUCAGUGGAACAAGUCACCUCCACCUACGAAUAUUCAGUGGAACAAGUCACCUCCUCCUACGUAUAUUCAGUGGAACAAGUCACCUCCUCCUACGUAUAUUCACAUCCAUCCAGAUCCAACGUACACAAAUUGCUUCAGCAUCUUAAACGGAGACUUUUAUAAUGACGUUCCUAAACAUUUCCAACGGGUCUAUACACGUCCAGACAUGUCCAAACCUGUCCAGCUAUGUCCACGCUCGUCUAGACGUAUUCAGACGUACCCGACCGUGUCCAGAGAAGCUCUUCAAUAG